GUUUGCCAAUGUGCUCUAAGACAAAUGAUGUUUCCAUUUUAUGCUGAUGUAAUAUUUGUGCGUGCGUCUUUAGUGCAUGCAUUAGGGCUGUAAGCCACACACAAUAUGGCCGCCUCCUCUGCGACUGUUUCGUAGUGUUACGAAGACGUUGCCGUGUCAAGUAAUUUAUGAUAUUUAUCAAAAUAAAUACCGGAAACCAGACAUAUCCUCCGCAAUUUGCUACAGAAACUGACAAGCGGCCUAGAAAACGGAUUGAUUCGAUCUAAAGCAGCCGGUCAAAGGUGACCACAACCACAACCGUCCUCCCCCAGGUUGACGUGAUCCAUGUUGACAAAGAAGCUCCCCCCCUUGGAGAACUUCCUCUUCCUGGUAUCCAGACGCGCCAGCCACUUUGCCAGCCGGAAUUAUGACGUCAUCGUGGUGGGAGGAGGCCACGCAGGCACCGAGGCGGCUGCGGCCGCGUCCCGAGUGGGUGCACGGACGCUGCUGGUCACGCAGAAAAUACAGACCAUCGGUUCCUUGUCGUGCAACCCAUCUCUGGGCGGCGUCGGGAAGGGUCACCUGGUGAAGGAGGUGGACGCGUUGGACGGCCUGUGCGGGCGAGCUGGAGACUGGGCUGGCAUCCAUUUUUCCAUCUUGAACCGGAGGAAAGGUCCCGCUGUGUGGGGGCCGCGGGCUCAGCUGGACCGCCAACGCUACCGCCAAUUCAUUCAGUCCGAGCUGCUGUCCACUCCCAGACUGGCAGUUCUGGAGGGAUCCGUGGAGGAGCUUCUCGUAACAGACUCAAACCCAGACGAGCCUGGACGCCACAGAGUCACUGGAAUCCGUUUGGCAGGGGCAAGCGACUCGAUCUCGGCCCGCUCCGUGGUCCUUACCACCGGUACGUUCCUAUCGGGCUCCCUCUUCAUGGGUCAGGACACGACCCCCGGGGGACGGAUCGGCGACGCCCCGUCCGGCGCCGGGAUGUCCCGCGCGCUGCGGGAGCGCCUGGGGCUGAAGAUGGGCCGACUCAGGACGGGUACGCCUCCCAGGAUCGUGAAGGCCUCGGUGGACUUCCGCCAAGCUACGCUCCUCCCUCCUGAUACUCAUCCGAGUCCCUUCAGCUUCCUCAACAGCCACACGCACUGCAAGCCUGAGGAGCAGCUACCGUGCUACUUGACCUACACCACACCUGGUGUGGAUGAGGUUGUGAAGGAGAGUCUUCAUCUCAACUGUCACAUACAGCAGGACACAAAGGGCCCCAGGUACUGCCCCUCAAUCGAGUCCAGAGUACUUCGCUUUCCGGGUCGGCAGCAUCAGGUCUGGCUAGAGCCCGAGGGACUGGUCUCUGACCUGGUGUACCCCCAGGGUCUGUCCAUGACCAUGCCCGCUGACAUGCAGCUGCGCCUCAUCAGAGAGAUCCCAGCCUUGCACAGGGCUGAAAUCCACACACCCGGCUAUGGCGUGCAGUACGACUUUGUGUGCCCCACGCAGCUGAGCCCUGCACUGCAGGUGAAAAGCAGCCAAGGUCUCUUCCUGGCCGGGCAGAUUAACGGAACCACGGGCUACGAGGAGGCCGCCGCACAGGGCUUGUGGGCGGGGGUCAACGCAGGCCGCACCGCGCUCUCCAUGCCCGCCGUGGCGCCGUCUCGGACCGAGAGCUACGUCGGGGUCCUGAUCGAUGACCUAGUGACUCGAGGCGUGACGGAACCGUACCGGAUGUUCACCAGUCGGGCCGAGUUUCGAAUGUCCCUGAGGCCGGACAACGCGGAUCUGCGACUUAGCCUGAAAGGUUUUGAGGAAGUGGGCUGCGUGUCCCCCCUGCGCUACCAGCAAACGGUGAGAGUGAGGGACACUCUCCAGGAUGCGCUUGCAGCUCUUCACGACGUCUCUCUGUCUGCCGCAAACUGGAGACGCGAGCUGCCGAGCGUCCCCAUCAGCGAGGCGAAGGCCGCCAAUUUGACUGGUUUGGAGAUGCUGCAAUACAACGACGUGUCCUUUGAAAUGGUGGCCUCCGUCUUCCCAGAAUGCCUUUCACCGUACACGGAAUUCUCCCAAAGGCUGAAGAUAGAAGCUGUCUACAGGCCUCACUGCGUCCUCCAGCAGAAGGAGAUCGAGAGAAUUCAAAAAGAGGAGAGCAUGCCUCUCCCGCAGGACUUGGACUAUUUGUCUCUGCCCGUUUCUCUGUCCCAGGAGGUCCGGGAGAUUCUGGACAGGGUGCGGCCCAGCACGCUGGGUGCUGCUACACGUUUGCAAGGAAUAACUCCGGCUGCAAUUGUCCACCUUCUCAACUACGUCCGCCACCCGGGGAGGAAGGAGAAAAGGACGCAGAGGAACUAGCCAGACUGGCAGGAGAAGCACAAUGCAAAAAAAAACACCUUCAUCCCAGAUGAUGUUACUAAAAAUCUACAAAAAUAAGUUAUUUUAUUCUGAGGGGAAAGAAUUUAUGUUACAGAUGAGAAACCCAUUUUCCUUUCGUGCAGUUUUGGACAACUGCACCCUCGGCCGAUUAUAUUUAUACAAUUUCUCUUGGUCUAAUAAAGCAGUUCCUUCCUAAAACUUUAAAUAACCAUCUACGAUCCAGUUCCCUGGUUAAGGGUUCUAAUCCUGAUCGGGACCUGACUGUAAACAACAUUAAACAGUAAGUGACCUUGA